AUGUCUGGCACCGUCAGAGGCACGCCCAAUCGUGGCCAGGGCCGGGGAGCCAUCCCUUUUGCCAACAGCCCGGCGACGUCCAACAUACCUCGACCAGUGCUCGAGAACACACACAGCAGCAAUGCCGCUAUCAGCGAGGCCGGCGGAUCAUCUGUUAGUGCCAGCAGGCAAAAGCAGUCCAAGAGAGAUGAGGCAAUUCGUCGGAAGAUGGAGAAUGAUCUCUCCAAAAAGAAGCACCUAACAAGCCGAGCUCGACACUCUCGCAAAGCCCCUCCUGGAACUGUCCUCGCCCUAAAGCCCAGCCAGGCUCUCCAGAUAAAGCCCCAGACGACAGUAGCCGAGGCCGCUCAGUUGAUGGCCGCGAAGCGGGAAGACUGCGUGCUCGUGACGGACGACGAUGAUAGGAUCGCCGGUAUCUUCACUGCCAAAGAUCUUGCAUUCCGUGUCGUCGGAGCUGGUCAGAAAGCGACAAGCGUGACAAUUGCUGAAAUCAUGACGAAGAACCCUCUUUGUGCUCGUACGGAUACCAGUGCCACAGAUGCGCUAGAUCUCAUGGUCCGAAAGGGUUUCCGGCAUCUGCCUGUCAUGGACGAGAACCAGGACAUCUCAGGUAUUUUGGAUAUCACCAAGUGCUUUUACGAUGCCAUGGAGAAGUUGGAGAGGGCAUAUGCCUCCUCCAGGCGGCUUCACGAUGCGCUGGAGGGCGUUCAGUCUGAAUUGGGUGCCAGCCAGCCUCAACAGAUUAUUCAAUAUGUUGAAGCACUGCGCUCGAAGAUGUCUGGUCCUACCUUGGAAUCUGUCUUAAACGGGAUGCCACCCACGACUGUGAGCGUCAGAACAUCCGUCAAGGAGGCGGCCCAGCUCAUGAAAGAACACCACACCACUGCUGUCCUGGUUCAAGAUCAUGAUGCUAUCACUGGUAUCUUUACCAGCAAGGACGUCGUCCUUCGUGUCAUUGCUCCAGGCUUGGAUCCUGCUACAUGCAGCGUUGUCCGAGUUAUGACUCCCCACCCUGACUUUGCUCCAAUGGACAUGAGCAUCCAGGCAGCCCUCCGCAAGAUGCAUGAUGGGCACUACCUCAAUCUCCCGGUCAUGAACGAGGGAGGCGAGAUCGUCGGCAUGGUUGAUGUUCUUAAGCUGACCUAUGCUACACUCGAGCAAAUCAACACGAUGGGCAGCAGUGACAGUGAGGGCCCAGCCUGGAACAAAUUCUGGCUUUCUCUGGAUCACGAGACGGAAUCCAUGGUGUCUGGUGAUGGCAGCCACCACCACACCAAUAUGGGAUCUCGUUCUCUGAUGUCCCCUGACAUCACUCGCGAACGCGUCAACGACAGUGUCGCACCUGGUGACUCAGCUUCGCAUGCUGGGAUCGAGUCCCCAGCACACUCGGUAGUUGCUGGCACCCCUGAGUUGCCCCCGAGCGAGAUCCCCUUCCCAUUCAAGUUCAAGGCCCCAAGCGGCCGCGUCCAUCGUCUUCAAGUCACCGCCGCACAGGGCAUUGAAGCCUUUGUUGCCAAUGUCACUGCUAAGCUUGGCUCGGAGGUCGAGGCUAUUGGCGGUGCGCCGACUGUAGAGGACGGCAAACUGUCAGGUGCCGGCUACGCCCUAAGCUACCUUGACGACGAAGGCGACUCCGUUUCAAUCACGACAGAUCACGAUCUGCUGGAGGCCAUCAUUCUUGCUCGUCAGAACAGGAGGGACAAGGUUGAUUUAUUCGUCCAUGAUCCUGAGCAACCUCCCAUCACGGUUGCCGCACCGCAGCCUGCUCUGCCAGUAGAGGCUGUGCCCACCCCUCCGGCAUCUUCCGUGCUCCGUGAACGCCGAAGAGGGUAUGAUGGCGAAGACGACAGUGAGGAGGACGAAGAGGAAAACGAGUCUACUAUCCGCCGCUCGCGCAGGACACGAACUGCCACGGCACCUACACAGGAGCAGGUCAUCGCCGGUGUGCCUAAUGAGCUGUUGCUGCCGGGUGCCAUUGUGACGCUUGCCGUAGUUAUCAUCGGUGUGUUUACCAUUUCUAGGGUGUCGAGUAGAUAA